UCGCAUGUACUCAAAUGUUCCGAGCCGACGUUCAAAAGCCAUAUGUUCCAACUUCGGACGCCAACAAUGAGCUCUCCAGCUUUGCACCUGCGUCCGUCCCAGUCCCGCUCGCACGUGCUUAUUCCAGCUGUUGUCAUGGCGUACGCUCUCGAUACAAAGAUGAGCCCAAUAUUAGCAUUAUUUCAUUCAAUGAAAACCAAGCCUGAUCAAGUUGCAGAAUUCUUGCUUGAGAGCACUCCUACUCAUUUAAAAUAUUGAUUCGAUAAGGCAACGUUCUUGGAACUUGAGACGAAUUUUAUAUCUUGAUUGGAAGAAAUAUGGAAUUAUAGAGUACGAAUUAAAGACAGGCGAUUCGUAUGAUGAUCUCACCGGUCGUCAAUCUUGACAAUGCAAAGGACCGGUCGUCUGCGGGGCGCGGUGUGGGACGGGACGGGGACUCCGCUGCAGGGUUUGUGCGAUUCACGGCGCACGCGGUACGACCCACAGUCACUAGUCAGUGCGACAGUUGGUCGCUCAAGGCGCGGCGCGCGCGCUUCUUUUCCAAAUUCCUUCUACAUUCCUAAAUUAUUUACUAGUCAAAAUGAAGUUUAGUGCAUCCGUUUAUAAACGAAGGUGUUUGUGCAAAUUUAGAAAAAGUGGAUUAGUUCUCUAAUCGUUACUCGCUACGGUCCAAAGAACAAUGCUGUGGGAAAAAAUAACGUUCAGCUGGCAUCGGCAGUCGUUCCCAGCUACCUACCUUACCUCUCUCCCCGCGCCGACCGGGUACCGGGUUCAAUGCGCCUCUCUGCGUUUAUUCAUCGUUUGUGGGAAAAGUUGACCCCCGUUUUUAAAAAUUAUUGUUAACGAAUUCACACGACUCGUAUUGUAUUUGUUGUUACUACCGCAUCUUAGAUGAUCGGAUCGAAAGUUUACAACAUGCAAAGUUUUAAAUGCAACAGGUAUUUAAUUAAAACCCAUACAAAUAAAACUAAUUUCGUGAGUGAUUAAUGAGGCACCAGCGUAAAUACCGAAUGUUUUUAUGCGCCAACCGACAAGGUUGCAGCAUUCCGCAGACCUAAACUAUUUAUUCUGGGCUUUGCCAUGUUUGUCGAGUUUCAACUUCGUCGAAAUUAUUAUCUUUCUGUGGUGCGGAUAGAACAUUUAUCAGAGGAGGACAAUAUUCUUACAUUAGGCAACGUGUGUGAUGUUAGUGAAUGAAAUGUUGAAAUAGCCGUUAAAUAUUAGUUUGCGGAUACGCUCGCCGUAAUGUGAAUAGUGACGACACAAAGUGAUGUGGAUGUAGCAUUAUCUAGUGAAUUUGCGUUCCGUGAGUGAAGUUCGUUUCGAAGAUAUUACUGUGAUAAGUUCCUGCACAAUGGGGAACCAAGGAUCAUCAGCGCACGAGCCGUUCGACAGGGCACAGGCGGCAGCCAAUGUCGACCUCAAAAUGAAAUCGUCAGUGCGUGCGUCGUUGCGGCGAGCGCGCGCGGGCGCGGCGCUGUCUCCGCCGCGCGCCGGCAUGGAGCGGCUGCGGCGCUCGUUCCGGGAGUCGUUCCGGAGGCGCAAGGGCUCGCCGCCCGAGUCCGCCCGGCCGCACCAAUGGCACGCCGACGAGGCGGCCGUGCGCGCCGGCACCUGCACCUUCCCCGUCAAGUACCUCGGCUGCGUCGAGGUCUUCGAGUCCCGCGGGAUGCAAGUCUGCGAGGAAGCGCUAAAGGUGCUUAGGAACUCUCGCCGGCGGCCGGUGCGGGCCGUAUUGCACGUAAGCGGCGACGGGUUGCGAGUCGUGGAAGAAGAAACUAAGGGCCUUAUAGUCGACCAGACUAUUGAGAAGGUUUCGUUCUGCGCGCCCGACAGGAAUCAUGAAAGGGGAUUCAGUUACAUUUGCCGCGACGGUACAACUCGUCGCUGGAUGUGUCACGGGUUCCUGGCGUCGCGGGACAGCGGCGAGCGCUUGUCCCACGCGGUGGGUUGCGCCUUCGCGGCCUGUCUCGAGAGGAAACAGCGCCGGGACAAGGAGUGUGCUGUGUCCAUGAGCAUCGAUGCUGCGAGCCACGCGUUCACUAGACAGGGGUCUUUCCGCAAGUCAGGUAUAACACCUAGGCGCGCUUCAGAAGCAGACGCCAACAACAGCAACAACAGUAACGGCGUGAUCGUCCCGGUGGGAUCCCUGGGCGGCGUGGGCAACCCGGGCGCCACCACCGGGCAUGUGGUACCCGCCAACACGCACCCUGUCAUCGCGCCCGCCGCCUCCCGCCCCGCGCCGCACAACCCCUUCGCGGUAGAGCGACCUCACGCUGCGCCACAUUUGUUAGAGAGGCAGGGCUCUUUCCGCGGAUUUGCGCAUCUUAAUAACAGUUCGCCGUUCAAGCGUCAGAUGUCUCUCCGCAUCAGCGAGCUGCCGUCCAACCUCGAGCGUCAGCGCGCCGGCCUCGGCUCCCCGCCGCGCGGCGUGCCCGCACAGCCGCAGCCCGCCUCCGAGCCGCGGCCCGAACUGCCGCCGCCACAGCAGGAGGCUUCAUCAGCGGACCCCGUGGCGGCGAUGUGCCAGCAGCUGUCGGCGGGGCUGCGUGCACUAGCGGAGGAGCCGGUGGCGGCGGCGGAGCCCGUGCCGGCCGCCGCGCCGCUGCCGCACCCCGACGCGUGGCUCGGGCGCGUGGCGCGGGCGCCGGCGCUGGCGCAGACCGGCCGCGCACUGACCUUCGCCGGCCGCGCCGCCAGCACCAACCCCUUCCUCGAGCCCGCCGGCGCCGCCCCCGCGCUCUAGGCCACGCCCCGCGCCGCUGACCACGCCCCCGAGCCCCUGCUGCUCGUCUUCGACUAGGGCAGCCUCCUGAUAUGUACUGGCCUCUCCUUCAGCGUCGAGAUACGGCUCACAGCAAAUGACUUUGAAGUUGCCUGCUAGUCACUGCGCAACAGUCAAAAUGUACUUACAAUACACAACUGCGCAUGUGCGAGGCAUUAAAUGGCUGAUUUCAGAGGGUCAAAUUUAUUUGACGUGAACCUUACUUCACGCUCAGCGUUUCUGCUUUCUGUCGUCAGCAACUGCAAGGAGUAUUAGCAAUAGCGUAUGCCAGUCAAUCAUACGAAUUGUGUAGCGAGCGCGUUAUAAAUCUUCGAUUUUCUGUGGCCAUAAAUGGCUACCCUUUGAACGAAUCGAUGUUAUCUGUUGUGUAGGACUUAAAAAGGUCAACUAACCAGAGGGCCAAGUAUUUAAAUGGAUGCGAUGCCAUGCUGGAAUCACUGUACUUACUACACUAUUUGAUGUUUCUUAGAAAGUUGACAUAAAUUUCAAGUAAAUGAUACUUAUGCUCGUUAGUAGGAAAAUACGAGUAAAUAACUAAUGAUGUUAUUUUUAUAAUAAUAUUUAUAAAACCUUGACUUAAGAACAUGGCGAGGUAGCGUCAAAUACGAUUAAGACGAAUGUUCCUUUUAGUAAAUUCAAUAGAGACUUGUUGACUAUGAAUCAAUAUCGCGAAUCAGAUCGCACUCGGUACGUGCGAAGCAGUUCUGACUGAGAAUAAACGCAACAAACUGCUUGUUAAAACAUUGGUCUGUGCCCAGAUCCGCUAUACUGCACAAAAACACGCGGGACUUCUCUUACCGUUCCUCUAUUUAUUGUUUUCGGUAUUGUUACAAAAUAAAAGAUUUUGAUAAAAAUGUUGAUGCUUAAGGUUUGGUGCAUACUGUAAUUGUGCCCUUGAAAACCAUAAUAUAAUCAUGUUUUGAUGUUCGUAAAUGUUAUAAAACAUAUAGCUAUCGUAAAACCGUACACUGCAGCAUUUUUGGUAACCUUCAAUGAUUGAUAGUGUUAAAGGAAUUUGAAAAUAAAUAGUGUUCGCGGUCGUAGUGUUAUAUGCUCAAAAGAGCACAAUAUACUCUAUACUCAAUUGUCUAUACGUAAUCGUAAACAUACCAAAAUAAACACGGCUUGUUGCCAAACCGACUGGCACUGUGCGCAGUGCCUGUACAAUGUAUUGUAUAAUGAUAAGUUUCGAAAAAGGUUCAAAUAAUUUGAUACAAAUAUAAAUAUAAUAGGACAGAUAUCCCAGAGUGACAGUUAUUUUUGUAUCAAUAUAACCAGCGUCAGAAUAUGAUGGAUUUUGAAGAAUAAAAUCGGAACUUUGUUUGUUUGUAUUUUUGGCGUGAUGUUUAGCUAAUUUAAUGACUAUUGUACUUAACUUUUUAGUAAACUGCACCGUGCUUUUGCGCCACACAUUUCUACUGUUGUGUAUGUUCAAGUGUUCGUGUCUAUAAUACGUAAUAAGUUAUAUUAAUUUCAUAAUAUUCGUCCAUGCAGUAUUAGUCGUGCCGAUCGGAUUAUAAACACUGUACAACAACAAAAUAAACGAACAAUGCAGUAUUUUAAUAUUAAAUCACUUUAUGUAAUAUAGGAUUUUGGAUAUAUUUUUCCUUUUUUGUAUAUACUUGUAAAGUUGUAAGGUAUUUAUCACUUCACCGUUCGUGGAUCUGUUUUUUAUACUUUUUUAUUACUAUUUUUUCUAUGCUGCUAUGAUUAGUAGGUGUUUGGAUCGAUCAAAUAGUUAAAUAUCAUUUUCAUGUUAGUCAUUUUAAAUUUGCGUACUUACUUUUACAUAUUUAAUAAUAAUAAUUUAGUUAAUAAUGUACGUUAUGAUGUUAUAGUUUUCUGUUAUGUUGAGCCAGCUAUCUUAAGUAUAGAUUACAUGGUAAAAUCAAUUUUAUUUUUGCUGUAAAUAGUUUCUUCGUUUCUAGAUAUGACCACCAUCAUUUUUUUACAGUUUCAUUUGAUAUACAAUUGAAGACGCACGUCUGGUUUAAAUAAUUAACUCCUUAGUGGAAAUUUAACCCAAUUACUGCAAUAACAUGUUGCAUCUCUACAUUCCAGAUAAUUUUUGAAAGUAACACGAAGUUAUUGAUAGAUUUAGUAGUUAUAAUGCAUAUCACUGGCUAGCCUUGCAUAAAUUAAACGCACUUAUGUACUUACGAAUUGUAAAACUUAAAUAGUACUUAAAAGUUAAAGAAAACUUAUUGAAACUUGCCUAGAUAUUAUACUUAUACGAAAAUAAUAUUGUUGUAUGUAAAGCAGCUUUAAAGGCACUUGUUCGGAUAAAUGUAAGCAUGUUAUAAAUGUCCUACUAUGUGUCUAUGAUAGAAUUCGAACUUUAUGAAAUAAAUUUUCGUAGUAUUUACGGAAUAUUUCGUAGUUUUCGGAACUGUCAGCGAUAUACAGACGCUUCGUGUUGAUGUAAUA